AAUCAGUGUUUGCUGAAAAGUCGCUGUAAACAGUUCUCAAAAAUGUUGUUUUUAAUAUAUUUGGUGAUCGCGAUUUGUGCGUUGGUUGCGUAUCUCGUACAUCGCAAUACAACCUAUUGGAGGGAUCGGGGAAUACCUCAAGAUCCACCCCAUCCAUUCUAUGGCAAUACGGUUGGAUUCAGAAAGAAUCGCGACCUGCACAGUAUUGUAACUGACUACUAUAACAAAUUCCGCAAAUCGGGACAUCCGUUUGUGGGAUUCAACUUUCUGCACAGACGAAGUGCCUUCGUAAUGGACAUCAAAUUGGCCAAGAAUGUGUUGAUUAAGGACUUUACCAAUUUUGCCGAUCGUGGACAGUUCCACAAUGUACGUGAUGAUCCAUUGACCGGUCACCUCUUCAACUUGGAUGGCAAACGUUGGAAGGAGAUGAGACAGAAGCUCUCACCGACAUUCACAUCUGGCAAAAUGAAGUUCAUGUUUCCGAUUGUAAUCAAGGUUUCUGAGGAGUUCGUUAAUGUUAUGUCUGAGCAAGUUCCUGCCAAAACUGGAGGUGCUAUCAUCGAGAUCAAAGAACUCAUGGCUCGUUACACGACCGAUGUCAUUGGCACUUGUGCCUUUGGUAUUGAAUGCAAUACUCUACGUACUCCUGAGACCGAUUUCCGUACGAUGUCCAAGAAAGCCAUUACUGAAAUGCGUCACGGAGCAAUCCUUACGGCUUUCCACUUCAGUUUUCCCAAUCUGGCAGCCAAGCUGCGGAUGAGGAUGAUUCCAGAGGAUGUUCACCAGUUCUUUAUGAGAUUGGUAAACGAUACAAUCGCAUAUCGGGAAAAGGAGAAGAUCAAACGCAAUGACUUCAUGGAGAUGCUGAUCGAACUGAAGCAGAAGGGAACCUUCACCUUGGAUAAUGGUGAAGUGGUCACGGGAUUGGACAUUGGUGAGCUGGCAGCCCAGGUCUUUGUCUUCUACUUGGCUGGUUUCGAGACUUCCUCAUCCACUAUGAGCUACUGCCUAUAUGAGCUGGCUCAGCACACCGAUGUUCAGGACAAACUGAGAGAAGAUAUCUUGAGAGUGCUCGAGAAGUACGAUGGAAAACUGACCUAUGAAUGCAUCAAGGAUAUGCGUUACUUGGAUCAGGUGAUAUCGGAAACCCUUCGCCUUUAUACGAUCGUACCUUUCCUUGAGCGUAAAGCUCUAAAGGAUUACGUUGUUCCUGGUCAUCCGAAAUACGUGAUUGCAAAGGGAACCCAGGUGAUAAUACCUGCAACUGCUAUCCAUCGAGAUGAAGACUUCUAUCCCGAUCCUGAGAAGUUCGAUCCCGACAGAUUCUCAGCUGACGAAGUCGCUGCUCGUGACUCUGUCGAGUGGUUGCCUUUUGGAGAUGGCCCGAGGAAUUGUGUGGGUCUCCGUUUUGGCCAAAUGCAAGCCCGUAUCGGAAUGGCCCAGCUGAUAAAGAACUUUAGGUUCUCAGUUUGUGAUCAGACAGAUAUUCCUCUCAAAUACGAUCCCAUGUCGUUUGUUUUGGGCACAAUCGGCGGUAUUAACGUACGCGUGGAACGAGUUUAGCGAUGAGAUUUCUAGUGAUAAAAUGAUUGCGUCAUUAUUUGGUGGCUUUGAGUUGUUGCUUACAUUGAUGUCGGAUUCGUUGAAGCAUGUAUAAUUAUAUAUGAUUAUUUGUUGGGUAGUAA